AGAGAGAAGCAUAAGCGGCGGUGCCCCCCUCAACCCUCCUAGCCUAGGCCACCGCAGUAGAGAGAUAGACCGACCGGAAUAUCACCGAAAACGAAGGGGAAAAAAAGCGCUCGGCAUUUACGUCGCCUCGUAAGUGUACACUCGGAGCCAUUGAGAGACUCGGGUGACGCUUCUCUCGCUUACAGCCGGAGAGAGAUCAGUCGCGGAAGAAGUGCGUCGAGAAAUACCGGGAGUAUCGAGAGCUUGAAUCUAGUUGUGCGCGGAUUAUCGAGCUACACAGCCACGAUGCUGCCGUCGAGCGAGGGCAGGGCGAGUUGAGCGUCCGCGGCAUCAUCGCUGGGCGAAAAUAUAGAGAAGACCGGCCGAAUGCUCACUGAUGCCCAGCAUCAUUCUCUCGGAGAGACGACGCCAAAGUGCUGAAAGGACGACUACCGCCGUAGCUUCAUUCUCCUGACGAGCGAGCGAGCGAGCGAGCGUAAUAUAUACAUCAGCGGCGAACUACGCGCGAAAAUAUCAUGCAGCACCAACUCGCCAUCCUCCUCGUCGCGAUCUGCUCGAGCCUACUGCUCGCCACCGCUGACAGCAACGACAACAAGUCGGAUGUCAGCUCUAGCUCAGGGCCUAAUUCUAAGCUCCUGGAGAUAGUGGUUUCCCAGGGCUCCGAAGUCAUCGAAGCUGGCAGCACACCUUAUUUCAUCUGCAAAUCCCUCGAGCCAGUCUCCACUGUCUGGUGGACGUUCAAUGGAAAGAACGUCAGCUCUGUCAAAGAGUCCGAGUUUGCUGAUAGGUUCGAUUUAAAGACUGCAACGAGACAGGACAGCGGUAAUUACACGUGUCAUGCCGUUACCUCAGCUGGGCUUGUCAACAAAACUGCUCAUAUAAGAGUCAUAGAACCAGCUAGAAUCAUUGCUAGUCAAAGCGUUAGAGUCAAUGCCAUGAAUGCAGUAAACCUGACGUGUCAUUUUUAUGGUGAUCCACUCUCCGACUUUGCUUGGUCCAAAAGCAAUGAUUCCGAUAACUCAGAGCGCCUUAAAAAUCUCACUCAUGUGCAGCAAAUGAACCAGACACACUUUAUAUUGACGCUUUCCUUCAAAAGCGCUGCUCGCAAGGACAAUGGCACUUACACUUGUCAGGCUCGAGAUUAUUAUGGUCCUGUCACAGCUGAGAGACAUCUGUUUGUUGUUGAUGUCCCUCUUAUCAGCAUUGACUUUUUGAAGACAGUGGGUGCUGGAAGUAUUUUUUUAAAUUGGACAGUCAACAAUGGCAACGAACCCAUUGAAACUUACUUCAUACAAUACAUGAAAAAUGGUACAGACUCUUGGCAGUAUAACAGUGAGUUGAUCAAUGGAGGAAAUUCGAGCUUUGUCUUGAAGGGUUUGGACAAGGGAGCUACUUAUCAAAUAGGUAUAAGUGCCAAAAACAAAGUUGGAAAAUCACAUGUUCAAAUAGAUCCAAGGUGGAUUACAACACUGGAAAGGGAUCCUACAUUCAUACCAAAGUUAAAUGUCAAUGGCAUGACAUCAAGCACAGUAACAAUAGCUUGGAAUAACCCACCUCCAGAGCUUAAAGAACAUAUUCACUAUUAUAUGGUAGUAGCAAGCCAUAAAAACCAAACAAGAGAAGCUAUAGUUACAGUCCAACCAAGCCAAUUGUAUUUAUUUGAAUAUCUAGAACCAGCCACAUCUUAUAAAUUUAAAAUUAAAGCUUGUAAUGAAUUCACAAAAAAUUGCGGUAAUUGGAGUAAAGAAUUUGAAGCAGAAACUUUAGAUGGAGUACCAAGUGCACCUACAAAUCUAUCUGUGUCAUGCCGCUUUGACAACAUUAGUAGAACAAGUCUUAUGUCUGUGAACUGGGAACCUCCAGAGAAACCUAACAGUAUAAUAAUACAGUAUAAGAUUGAAAUCAAUGGUAAGGCAACUUACAAGGAUGAUAGUGGUCGAAUGAAGACUGAGACUUCAAGACCAUUUAUAGAGCAUGUAGAUUUUCAUCAUAAGAAUAUCCACAAAACUCAAUUACCACCAAAUACUAAUUACACAGUUCGUGUAUCUUGUCAGACGCGUCAACGAUUUUAUGGUGCAGAAGCAAUAGCUAAUUGUACGAUGCCUGUCACAGUACCGGAUCGUGAAAAUUUGAAUGCUAGAUCUUGGCAUAAAAUUGAGAGUCAAGAUAGACAAUUAUUCAAAGUCUACAUGCCGAGAAUCUCGGAAAGAAAUGGGCCUAUAUGUUGCUACAAAAUUUUCAUUGUGAAACUUGCUCCUCAGAAAACCCUGGCUGACUUGCCUUCACCCGAGGAAAUUUCUGUAUUUUCUUAUCAAUACGUUUACUCGUCCCCGUUAGGAGGAGCAUACCUUGCAGAAACGUUUGAUAGCAACCAUUUACCUCCUGAAGUAUUUAUCGGCGAUGGGGAGACCCAUAAUGCAAGUGCCGCCUGCGAACGUUGUAUGGGAUUGAAGCAAAAGCCCAUACCAACAUUACUUCACUUUAUUCCAGAGAGUCCGACGCCAGCUGUUGUAAAUACAAGUUUCAGCACAACAGAAGUACCAGAAACAUCCCAAACUAAAGCAAUAAAUAACACUAAAUCUGAAAAUUCUACGUUGACCACCACGCCUAUCACUGCUGUUAAUCAAACAGAAAAUAGUUUAAGAAAAAAGCGGGAAGAUAUAGCUCCUGUAAAAGACGAUUUAGAGAAUACGCUUGUACCGUUUGAUGGCUUUUUAGAUGAAAAAGCAAACUACACGGCGUUCGUUGAAGUUAUUGUUUACGGAUCUAGUGAGAAUCAGUUUCUACCAGCAUAUAGCAGUUAUUUGCCACCAUUGUUUGGAGGUGUUGAUCCUAAGUUAGUGAUUGUUGAAGAUAUGACCACACUUGGAGUUAUUUUACAAAUAUCACUCGUUCUCAUUUUAAUCAUCAUUAUUCUUCUGAUUACGCUAUGCGUCUUGCAUCGUUAUUCGAAGCGAGUACAGCAACGUGGAGAAGAAAUCAUAACACUAAGAAAUAGUUUUAGGCAUUUAUGUCAGAGUUUGAGAGGCAGACAUCAGCUGGUUGCUGCCACUCCUCCGGACAUGCCCCCUAUUCCAAAAGGCGAAUUGCUGCAAGCUUACUUAGAACGCCAUCGGGAUUCUGAUUAUGGCUUCCAGCAUGAGUUUGAACUUUUACCUGAUCGAUUCACCGAUCGAACGACAAGAGCCUCCGAAGCUCGAGAGAAUAUUUAUAAAAAUCGUUAUCCGGACAUUAAAUGUUACGAUCAAACUCGUGUCCGUCUCGCUCAAAUGGACGGAAUUUGCGGUUCUGAUUAUAUAAACGCAAAUUUCGUACUAGGUUACAAAGAGCGCAAAAAGUUUAUUUGCGCUCAAGGUCCCAUGGAAAAUACAGUUUGCGACUAUUGGAGAAUGAUAUGGGAACAGCAUCUUGAACUUGUUCUUAUGCUUACAAACCUGGAAGAGUAUUCAAAGACUAAAUGCGCCAAGUACUGGCCAGACAAAAGUGAAACCAAAAAUUUCGGCGACAUAACAGUUGAACACGUAGGUGAAUAUCAAUACUCUGAUUAUGUCGUACGAGAACUGAAAAUGAUUCGAACUGGAGAACGAGAUACAAGAAAAAUUGUUCAGUAUCACUUCCUAGUUUGGAAAGACUUUAUGGCUCCAGAACAUCCUCAUGCAAUUUUAAGGUUUAUAAAGCGAGUAAACGAGGCGUACUCACUAGAGAAGGGUCCCAUAUUAGUCCAUUGCAGUGCUGGAGUUGGAAGAACUGGAACGUUGGUUGCAUUAGAUUCUUUGAUGCAGCAAUUGGCAGAUGAGGGACAAGUAUCGAUAUUUAAUACUGUAUGUGAUUUGAGACACCAGAGAAACUUCUUAGUCCAGUCUUUGAAGCAGUACAUAUUUAUUUAUCGAGCUUUGAUGGAGAUGGGUCAAUACGGUGAUACCGAAAUAGCGGCACCUCAACUCAAAGCAGCUAUCGAAAAACUUCGACAAAGAGAAAACGGGAAAGAAAAGUGUCGUAUGGAGGAAGAAUACGAUAAAAUUAGUGCAGUAUUAGAAGAUCGAAAAUCUUUCUCAGUAGGAGGUGGAGAAGAAAACAGAAACAAAAAUAGGAGUGAGCUAGUCAUACCAUAUGAUAGAAAUCGUGUCAUUUUGACACCUAUACCUGGAAAAGAACAUUCUACAUACAUCAAUGCCUCUUUCAUAGAGGGUUACGAUAAUUCAGAGUCUUUCAUUAUAACGCAGGACCCUCUAGACUCUACAAUAGCCGAUUUUUGGAGAAUGAUUUCAGAACAGUGUAUAUCGACAAUAGUAAUGCUCUCAGACUUGGCAGAAGGGCCGCGUAAGUGCCCGCGUUACUGGCCAGAUGAUGAAAUCUCUUAUGAUCACAUUCGCGUUCGAUACAUUCAAAGUGAGAGUUGUCCAUAUUUCACACGUCGAGAAUUAUGCGUAACUAACACAAAGGUUGACGAAAAUCUAGUAGUUACGCAAUAUCAAUACCAUGGAUGGCCAACGGUGGAAGGUGAAGUACCAGAAGUCACGAGAGGAAUCAUUGAGCUGAUUGACCAGACCCAAACUAAUAAUACAGAAUCAACUGGACCACUUGUUGUUCAUUGCAAUCAUGGCUCAGAUAGAAGUUCUAUGUUUGUAGCCUUGAGCAUUCUUGUUCAACAACUGCGCAUCGAAAAGAGGAUUGAUAUUUUCACUACAGUUAAGAAAUUAAGAUCACAGAGGCAUGGAAUGAUAAGCACAUUUGCCCAGUAUGAAUUUCUGCAUCGCGGGAUCGUUAAUUACCUAGAUUUGCAUAAUCUCGCCGAAGAAAACGAAGCAGAUUCUUAAAGAAGACAAAUCGAUGAAUCGAUAGCAACUAAGAUGUUUCACAAUCAAGAUUUUCAAGUGGAUUGAUUCUGGAUCGCACGAGUAGAGUUUCGUUGCAAAACGGUGCUUUUUGGGUAAAGUAAAGCUCAACAGAUCCCAAUCUCAUUUCUCGCGUAUUUUCGACUAAUAUUUCCUUGAGAACAAAUAAGUUGAUUAAUAACAGCGAUGAAACUUGAGCAUAAAAUUUAUUCUACUGCAUAGAGCACGGGAUACAUUUUAUGUCGCUCAUACAUACGCACAUUUUUUCUAAGGAAAUCAUUUUCUUAAAUACUUUUUUACAAUAGUUCUUUUUUACGAAAUCUCAACUAAAUCGCUUAGUUUUGUACUGAUAAAGGAACCUUGCGUGACAAACGGAGGAAAAACAUUGUAUUUAUAUUUCUAAAAGUUUUUAUAAGAAAUGUAACUUUGAAAGAUACCCAAAGUUUUACCAUGGAUAUUUUUGAACUGCUAAAGAUUUCGCAAAAGAUUGUAUGUCGAAUAUUCAUUGACAAGUUGAUUUAAUGUCAGUUUAGUAUUGACAUAAGCCGCGUAAAUCCUAGAUUUUUUACUCAAUAUCAUUAUCGAUUAGUUAUUUAAAAUACCGAAUGAUAAUCACAUUGUAUAAGCAUUAAGAAACAGCGUGCGCGUGCAAAGAAAAUGCAUAAUUUUGUAUUAGAAAAAGGGACAUUGUAUGAGGAACCUUAACUUGAUGUGGGCGGACGUACAGAAGCUAAUAUAUGCAUAUUCAUAUUAGCCCAUACGCGCGUACGUAAAAGCAAAUAUUUCCUACGGAAAGACUGACGUACUUUUAUUGAACAACUUGCAUUGUGACAUUUGGUCGAAGAAAGGUCACUUUAGGAAACGCUAGCCUUCUUCGCAUAUAGAGCCCGUUAUCGGUCACGUAUUUUUGUCUGGCUAUUAAUCGGCUCUUAUCGAUCCAGACGAAUAAUUUUUUAUACAAUUUCUUAUACAAAAGAACAUCUUUGAAUAGAACCAUUAGAAAAUUGAAUUUGUAAUACACUGAAUAGGUAAUAUCGAAAAAGUCUCAACUUUUGCGAAUAUUUAGAGUAAGAAGAUUGCUAUUAUUAUUAUUACGCAUUAUUUCAUAACUAAAAUCUCUAUUACCUUCAUCAUGCCAUCAAGCAAUGAUUACACUUUUGCUAUUAUUAUAUUAUACUUUAAUCAUAGGUAAUAUAUUAUUACAAUUAUUUCUUGUAUUAUACAUUACUGAGUAGUACUUGAGAUAAUGCAUGAGAAAUGAUCUGUCUUAUUUUCUAUCGCUGCUUAUGUUUUUAUUUUAUUUUUCUAGUCAAUGUUUCACCGAAGUCAUAAUUCUUUCUUUCGUGAUAUGAUAUGAUAAAUAUUAUAAUUUUUUGGUUUCAUCGUAUUACACCAAGUUGAGAACGUGAAAUUCAUUGUAAAUUUAAAGUAACUCGAAUCGUCAGUAGGUUUUUUUAUACACACGUAUACAUAUAUUUAUAUACAUAUUAAUUUUAUACCUGGCUUGAGCCAUUGUUAGCGUGAUUUUAAGUGUAAGACAAAUUUUUUAAAAAGGUAAUUUUAGCGUCUGUCAAGUUCAUUGUUAUACGCUCGUUUAAUUUCUCUAAGCUUUAUUCUAUUGUAUGCGCUAUAUUUAUAAUCGGACUGCGAGCAUCUGACUGACGAAGACAGCGGAUCGGAUCUUGAACGGCUUCUUGACUCUUUGUAAAUAAAAAUUUAUAUAUACAUAUACAGCAAAUUAUACAGAACCUGGAAGAGUUGUAUCAAUAAAACUGGAUACUGAUUA